UGCCUUCCCCUCGGUGGACUCUGUGGUUACCGAGCUGACUCAGUGGGUGCCAUGGCUUCCCCCAAAUAUCUCUGCGAUGCCAUCGUGACAGGGGCAGGCAUUCAGGGCUGCUUCACUGCAUACCACCUGGCCCAACGCGGGAAGAGGGUCCUCCUUCUGGAGCAGUUCUUGCUGCCGCACUCCAGAGGAAGCUCCCACGGACAGAGCCGGAUUAUCCGAAGGGCGUACUGUGAAGACUUCUACACCCACAUGAUGGAGGAGUGUUACCAGAUAUGGGCCCGGCUGGAGCAGGAGGCUGGAACCCAACUGCACAGGGAGACUGGACUGCUGCUGCUGGGACUGAAGGAGCACCCAGAGUUCCGGGCCUUCCAGGCCACUCUGUCGAAGCACGGGGUGGCGCACCAGCAUCUUCCGUCGGAGGAACUGAAGCAACGCUUCCCCAACAUCCGGUUGUCCGGGGGAGAGUCGGGGCUCUUGGACAAGUCUGGAGGAGUGCUGUAUGCGGACAAGGCCCUCCGAGCUCUCCAGGAUGCAGUACGGCAGCUGGGAGGCAUGGUGCACGAUGGAGAGAAGGUGAUGGAGAUCACCCCAGGGCUCCCAGUCACAGUAAAAACCACUUCCAGGAGCUACCAAGCCAAGAGCUUGGUCAUCACGGCAGGCCCUUGGACCAACCGGCUCCUCGCUCCCUUGGGAAUUCAGCUCCCUCUCCAGACCCUGCGGAUCAACGUGUGCUACUGGCGUGAGAAGGUUCCUGGGAGCUAUGGUGUGGCCCAAGCCUUCCCAUGCUUCCUGGGCCUGGGUCUGGACCAGGCUCCUCACCACAUCUACGGGCUGCCUGCGGGAGAGUACCCAGGGAUGAUGAAGGUCUGCUAUCACCACGGCAACAAUGCAGAUCCCGAGGAGCGGGACUGCCCUUCGGCGCUCUCGGAUAGCCAAGACAUCCAAAUCCUGGGCCGCUUUGUCCGCGAUCACUUACCUGACCUAGAACCUACACCUGCCAUCACGGAACGCUGCAUGUACACGAACACUCCUGAUGAGCACUUCAUUCUCGAUCGCCACCCAAAGUAUGACAACAUUGUCAUCGGAGCUGGAUUCUCUGGGCACGGAUUCAAGCUGUCCCCGGUGGUGGGCAAGAUCCUGUGUGAAUUAAGCAUGAAAUCGACACCAUCCUAUGACUUGACCCCUUUUCGAAUCAACCGCUUCCCUGGUCUUGGCAACACUCAGCGUUGACCCUUGGCCAGUGGCUCCCCUUGUGUGCACUAGGUGUGGGAAUGAAGCCCGAGGCCAGGGAAGAGGUCUCAGAUGAAGGAACUUGUGGACAAACGUUCAGAUGGAAGCCUUUCUUUGGCCCCGCUUGAGUAGCCUCUGGCCCCUUUACUGUCCCCGGCCAGUUCCCAGCCCCACUCUUUUCUUGCACCAGAUGGCCAACCCCAUAUUUUUUAAUCACAGAACAGUAAGGAUCUCUGAGAGAACGGCUCGGUUGAGAGCGGGCACAAAAGGCAUUGGCUCAGAGACCAAGGCAGUUGUAAAAAUGCUCUUCCCGGGGACAUGUGAUGAACUUGAGAUGGAAUUGACUAAAUCUGCCCCCAGGGAAGGUAAAUACAAAGAUUGCUAGUGGAUCGUCCCUGCCCUUGAAGCCGCCUUUCCUAAAAUUAGAGCCUUCCUCCAGCACAGAAUCCCGUAAAAUCUGACUCAUCUUAGAUGCACAAUAAAUGUUUGCCGAACAAAAUUUGUUGAACAAACAAAUGAAUAAAUAAUGUCUGUGGUGGGCUUCCUUUGCCAUGUGA